GGCUGGUACGAGAGCGCACAGGCUUCUCGCGCAUCUCGCCCUUUCACUGGGAACCUGCAGAAGACGAUCGAUUUUCACAAUUGAAAACCCUGUCCUGCAGCUUCAAAACGAUCUCUUACGAUUCUGCCCCCGGUGAAAGAACGCGUCGGUCCUCUACUGCAGCAGACGGUCUUCAUGAUGUCGUAUUAUCAUACGGGGAAAGAGCUGGACAUGGCGGCGAUGACUGAGCCGCUCUGCCUGGAAAGAGAUAUUUGCAGAGUGAUAGAACUGUUGGACAGGCUUCAGAGAAGUGGUGAACUUCCUCCUCCCAAACUCCAGGCUCUACAGAGAGUCUUACAGAGCAAGUUCUGUGCUGCCAUCCGAGAGGUCUAUGAGCAGCUUUAUGAUACAUUGGACAUUGCAGGUGGGCCUGAGGUCCGAGCACAAGCCACUGCAAAGGCCACAGUAGCAGCAUUCGCAGCCAGUGAAGGCCAUGCACACCCAAGAGUGGUCGAACUCCCUAAAACAGACGAGGGGCUUGGGUUCAACAUCAUGGGUGGAAAAGAGCAAAACUCUCCCAUCUACAUCUCCAGGGUCAUCCCAGGGGGUGUUGCCGACCGCCAGGGUGGUCUGAAGAGAGGAGAUCAACUGCUCUCUGUUAAUGGAGUGAGUGUGGAGGGAGAACAUCAUGAGAAAGCUGUAGAGCUGCUAAAGGCAGCGCAGGGUUCAGUGAAGCUGGUGGUGCGUUACACCCCUAAAGUCCUCGAAGAGAUGGAAGCCAGAUUUGAAAAGAUGAGAAGUGCCAGGAGACGUCAGCAACAUACCAGCUACUCGUCUUUGGAAUCCAGGGGUUAACCAGUCUCAACUUCUGACUGACCUGCUGAUCCGUUCUCCCUCCCUCUCUGCUCCUAUAGGAUGACAGAAGACCCAGAGGAGAUCAGUGUAGACUACCCUUAGCUAUUUAUAUGUUAGUGGAACGAUCUCAAAACGUGUAGACCUCAAAUAUACUAUUUUCCCUGGAGAGACUGCAUAGUGCAUCUGGUCUGUCUUGAGUCUUAAUUUUUUUUUUUUAUUGUAUUCUUAUGUGGAACCUGCACCCUGUGAUAUUCUCGGGGGGGUUGUGUGUCUGUUAGCACAGAAGAAAACUUAAAGAAUGGUCUGGCUAAUACAAAUACACAGUGUGUGUACUUAUAGGACUUUGUGUCUUUUGCCGUGGAAUUAUUGCUGAACUGAAAGGCAUGAUGGCUUCUUAGACCAUUAUUCAGUCACUCACGUAUCAAAUCUGUGUUUCAGAAGACAUGCAUUGACAAUAGAGUUAAAGCUAUGCAUCCCACUUCUAUAAGUAUUCUUGUAUCACGUGUUCUGCUCUGUGUGAGCUACAUCAAGAGUACACAAACACUGUUAUCACAAAAGACACUUCCUGAAUGAACUGAUUGCUCCGUACAAAGCAUGCCACACUCCAAUAGGGUCGUCAUGAAAGUGUGCUGCUAUGAGUGGCUUUGUGCUGCCAAUCAUAGUGCCUGUGUUUAAUGCUUGAAUUUUUGAGUUUAUUUAGUUAUUCAUACAUUAAAACCAACAAUGUAGUUUAA